CUUCAACUACAUCAUAUUUACGACAUCACAAUGCUUUAACGCCUACGUACUGCACCGAAGGUAGAAACUACCUGUUUUUUUUUUUCAUCAAAGUAAUCUUUUGUCUCUAGUAACAGGUCAACUUACGGCCCACUUGCCCGCCUGCCUACUUCCUAAUAAUACAUAAAAGACAAUCGCAUCAAGUGCUAUGAAAAGAAACGAAAGGGAUACAAUAUUUCCAUCCGACUAUGCCUGUUCCAUGGUGCCUUCUCUCUUUAUCUCUAUUUGUCCCUACUUCCUACUGCUUAUAACGCUUCUCGCAGUAUGUGAUAGUCGAUAAAGUAGUUUGGUUGGCAGAAGAAUAAAAGCCACCCGCUCAUGUAAAACGGUCGAUGGCUUUUCUUUUCUUUUGUUCGGUGGCAUCCCAUGGAAUAAAUAAAAUGCUUUGCCCGUCUCAUCGAGGAUGGAACCUUCUUUUAUCCCUUUUUCUUUCUUUUUCUCGGUUCAUUAUUGUGUACUUUUCGUCAACUGGCCUCUUCAGAGAGGCACUCCCCGUAUUAUCGACUGCCCCAGCCCGUAUAACAGAAGGGGCUCACGAGAUGUCGUAUCACGUAUGUGAUACAAGUUCUCGUUUUCGUUCUUUUGCUCAUAUUCUCGUAAUGUCGUGUUCUCGGGUAUUCGUGGGUCAUUAUAUAUCGACAGGAACGGAGAUAUCAUCUUCGUUCAUGGUCGAAAGGUUCGUGCAAUGGAUUGUAUGGGUAAUUAUCGGAUUGCUGCAACCACAGACUGCGGAGUAUGCUUUCCUGCAUGGCCCAUGUACAAUGUGCUUUCGGGAUUUCGGUGGGCAUCACCAACGGUCCUGCCUAGAAAAUGAUUAGUUCUCAUUUCUCCAUAGCGAAAAAGGGGCGUAAUAGAAUAGAGGAUAAACUCACCCACCAUAUCACCCGUCCGGCGCCUUUUCGUAUUGUCCUUACCCUCCCACCCUUCCUUGGACAAACACCCCCCAACCAACUUCGCAUAUUACCAAGUAUCAGAUCUUCCGAAACGAAAGAUACCCGCAACCCAUCAAAUCCACAUCAAUUUUCCUUCUUCGUGUACCUCAAAAGGUCCCAUCGUAAUCUUCCACCACAGUUACAAGGAGCGAGGCUCAUUGAACUCAAUACUUUCUUCGGAGGUUGACAGUAGUUCCAGGCCCCCCUGACAUCAAAAGGGCGUGAAUGAAUAAGACUCCUAGCAAAACCCAAAGUGGCUAUUGCUAGAGUCAUCCAAUGCCCAUACCCAUACCCAGAGCCCCAACGACACACCAACAUGGUCAUGGUAUGGGAGAAUGUACAAUCUUUCCCAACGUGGUGGUGUGAAAGGGGUAUCGUAUCGUAAAUCAGCACCGCAAAGCCAAGCGGUGCAUAUCAAGUUGUUGUUUUUUUGGUACACAAGGAAACAGACACAAGGAAAUAAAAACGCAAGGAAAUAAAACACAGCGCGAAAGGAAAAGAAAAAAACAGGCCAAACAAUAACGUAUGAGAGGCCGCGAAAAAAAAAAUAGAACCGCAAAUAUCGAAUUCCGACCUUGGAGACGCGUUCUCGAUCGUGCCGCUGCUGUGGCAUCGUAAUAGUUGGUGAUUAUUAGCAGCGUCCCGUCACGAUCGUUGCCGCCUCCUUGUUUUCCCUGAGAGAUUUCUAGUGGUUAUCGUAUGCUUUUUCUCAUCGUCUUAUUGCUCACUAGACACUUCUUUCUCUCUUAUCCUUCUCUCGGGGAAUCAUUACUCGGGUGUACAUCGGGAUGCCCCUGACUUAAAA